AUGGGAAAACACACAGAUGGAUUUACAGAGUCCAUAGUGAACCUGAACAUGAAGAAAGAUGAAAUAAGUGCAAAUGUUAAAGAUGUUCUGGUUAAAAUUACUCUCAACGUGCUCUCGACUUGGCAAUACGCCGAGAAGCACAUAAAUGAAUGUGAUAUAUCGUUAAUUAAAAAUUUAGAAGAGUAUAUUUUGCUGUACAAGAAGUAUUAUUUAGCUAUAAGCAAUUUGAUUGUUAUUGGAGGAUUUGCUCACAUUAAUAAUGUUAUCGAUGUGCCAUCAAGUGUUUAUAACUUAUUUAGCGAUCAGCUUCCAUCAAACAAACAGAAGAAUAACAAGAAGACAUUAGAAGCGGUUGUCGCCUUAGCCUUUGUGCAACCAUUGACAAGGUUAAGCUCAUACAAAUGUAUUGCGCAGUCGCUCUUGAGGCACAGAUCUAAAAAGAAGAAAAGCGAAGCCAAAGCGAGCACAGAAGACAAGCUCAGCAAAGUCAUAUCAUCGUUGGACACGAUCAUCGACGACCAAGAGAAAAAGAGAAAGGAGGCGGAUGUUACGAAACUCUUUUGGGAUACGAUAGGGAAACCACUGGAGCAAUACCGCACUCCAGAUAGACGGCUGGUGAGGGAAUCGAAAUCCCGCCAACUGAACUUGGUGAACCCGGGCCGCUUCAGCUCUCAUUGGUUCGUCCUUUUCAACGAUCUCUUCGUCCACAUGAGCGGCAGCGUUAUAAAUGUUCACCCGGUAGAAACGCUGUGGGUCGAGGCCGUCCCAAACACGGACCCACAACAAAACGUCAUCCAACUAGUGACGCCCGAGGAGACCAUCUUGAUAUCGACCGGCGCCGAACAGGAGAAGACCGAAUGGAUCCACUCGUUCAACACAUCUGUACGCACCGCACUGAAGAAAGACACACAUUUUAAGCCGCCCGCCAUCAGGACAGCCAGCUACACUUUUUCUAAUAAGAGCGCGUUCUACAAGGAAGCAAAGUACAACGGGAGGUGGUUGGACGGCAAGAUGCACGGACACGGCAAGGUCGAGUGGCCCGAUGGGAAGCUCUACGUGGGGCAGUUCCAGAUGAACGCGCUGUGCGGCCACGGUAAAAUGGAAAUCCCCAACGUAGGCACCUACGAGGGGCAUUGGAAAGAUAAUCAGCAGAACGGAUACGGCGUGAUGAAGUAUACUUCGGGCGAUUUGUUCGAGGGCUACUUCAGGGAGGGGCACCCUCACGGGCACGGGGUGAAGAAGCAGGGCGACUUCAAAUCGUCGAACGCCACAAUCUACACCGGCGAAUGGGCCUUCGGGGUGCGGCAGGGGUACGGCGUGAUGGAUGACAUCGGGAAGGGGGAGAAGUACCUGGGCAACUGGAGCGACAACAAGAAGCACGGGUGCGGCCUCAUAGUGACCUUGGACGGCAUAUACUACGAGGGACUGUUCACGCAAGACGUCCUGACGGGCCACGGGGUGAUGGUGUUCGAGGACGGCACCCACUACGAAGGUGAGUUCAGGUCGGCGGGUGUGUUCUCCGGCAAGGGUGUGCUGACCUUCUCCAGCGGUGACCGCGUGGAGGGCUCCCUCAGCGGCGCUUGGACGGAGGGCGUGAAGGUCACCAAUGCGGUGAUGCAGCUGAACGUCUCCAACCCCGCCCCCGCCGCCAACGCCAAGCCCAGCUCUUUCGGGAAGCUGAGCGUGGCCCCUGGCCAGAAGUGGAACGGGCUGUUCCGCCAGUGUCUGCAGUGCCUGGGCGCACCAGAGGCGCCCCCUAGCUCAGACCCCGUCGACAACGCGAAGCUCUGGCAGAACUUGGCGGUCGCCAUCUCGUGCUCGCACAAGAAGGGGAAGCCCCAAUCCGUAGGUGCCGACCUCGAGAAGUCGGAAGACCGCCUCGAGGUGAUCCCGCGCUUCGGCCAGCGGAGCCUGGAUUGCGAGGACUACGCGGAGCUGAGGCAGUAUCUGAACAACGCUUGCGAGUCGAACCACCACCCUUUGGGCCAACUGGUGCUUGGUUUGACGAGCGCGUUCAACACCACGUAUGGGGGCGUUCGCGUGCACCCGUUGCUGUUGAGCCACGCCGUCAAGGAGCUCAAAAGCAUCACCACCAGGCUGUACCAAGUUGUCAGGCUGCUGUUCCCCGCGCUGCCGCCAGAUGGCGCCGAGCUGGUGCUCACCAGGCCCGAAGACCCCAGCGACCUCACAAAUGGGGAGGCGGAGGUGGUCUCCGCGGCGGCGCUUCUGCAGCCGGCUCUGCUGCCGCGCGUCCACCCGGCGCUGUUCGUGCUGUACGCGUUGCACAACAAGCGGGAGGACGACCUCUACUGGCGGCGGCUGCUCAAGUGGAACCGGCAGCCGGACCUGGCGCUGAUGGCCUUCCUCGGCAUCGACCAAAAAUUCUGGCUCGGCUACACGAACCCGCACUGCAACAAACAACUGUCGCCACCACACUCGCCCCAGAAGGACCAGCUGUUCCAAGAGGCGGUCGAGACGCUGCAACAGCUGAAGACCACCUUCUCGCCGAUCGAGAAGCUUCUUGUUAUUCGUAGCACAUUCCAGAAGAUGACCACUGCCGUGCAGCAGCAGUUAGGCGCCAGCUACCUGUGGGGCAUGGACGAGCUGUUCCCCGUGUUCCAGUUCGUGGUGGUCCGCGCGAGGAUCCUGCAGCUUGGCUCCGAGCUGCACUUCGUAGAGGACUUCCUCGAGCCGACUGCGCAGCGAGGAGAACUCGGCCUCAUGUUCACCACGCUCAAGGCUUGUUACUUCCAGAUUCUUCAAGAGAAAAUGUCCAUAAAU